GGAAGAGACGUGGCACAUAAACAGAAGAAGGAAGGAAGCAGCUAGCUGCAGACAACUUUGCCGAUGACAGCUCGUGGAUCCGCCUUAUCUUGGAGUCAGACAAGGAAACGUAAAUGACAGUCGUACAACAGGACUUGAAAUAACAGGACUCGAUUAAAGUCUGCGUGACAGGUGGCUAUGGGUCUGUGCAAGUGCCCGAAGAGAAAGGUGACCAAUUUAUUCUGCUUUGAACACCGUGUAAAUGUGUGCGAGCAUUGCCUCGUCUCCAACCACAACAAGUGUAUCGUGCAGUCGUAUCUGCAAUGGCUCCAGGACAGCGAUUACAACCCCAACUGUACUCUUUGUAAUACUCCACUAAAUACUCAAGACACUGUCAGACUGGUCUGCUACGAUGUGUUCCACUGGUCCUGUCUCAAUAACUUGGCAUCUCGGCUGCCCCUUCAUACGGCUCCAGCAGGAUACCAGUGUCCAGGCUGUCAGGGACCAGUGUUCCCCCCCUCUAACCUGGCCAGUCCAAUCGCCGAUGCGCUGAAAGACCAGCUGUCGUCUGUUAACUGGGCUAGAGCUGGGUUAGGGUUGCCACUGAUUGAAGAGCCCAUUGGAGUCCUUGAGGAAACCACAGCUAAUGAUGUCACUGAUUAUACUGACUGGUCAACAUUUGAGGCACAAGAACAAAGUAACAUUUACCCCAGUCACUCGUACAGCACCGGCUUCAGUGCACCACCAAACUCGAUCUCACCUGCAGCACAGGAAGACCUCGGAGGUCAUCGUAAAAAUGGGGAUCCGAGCAAGCAGGACCAUGCUGUGAUCAACUUUACUACUGCCACCACCUCUGACACAGUCACAUUACAAUCAGCAUCAUCCCCUAGAAAGCUCUAUGACACACGGGAUAGCGGUCACAGCUCUGUCACACAGAUCGACUUUGACGACGACAAGUACCGGCGGCGACCAGCGUUGAGUUGGUUUGCUCAAAUUCUCAAGAAUCGCACAGGUGGGAAGCGGUCUUCUCUGUCCUGGAAACAGCGGGUCUUCAUGCUGCUUCUGGUCGGAGUUCUCGGAUUCUUCACGUUGAUAAUCAUCAUGGCCAAACUUGGACGUGCCACAGCUGGAUCAGACCCAAAUUUAGAUCCUCUCCUUAACCCCAACAUCCGUGUGGGGAAAAACUGAUGACGAGUAUCGAUUCCCUCUUUUCCUGCGGUGUUACCUUGGGACUUUCCACUACAUGGUUAAGCCCAGUAGAGAGCGCUGUUUACCUGACUUGAAUGGAAAGAGACGCUGUGCCUCUUAAGACUCCAUUCAUAUUUAUCAGGCAUAAGAAACACGCCCGUGUCCCUUCAGAUCAUUACAACAUUCAAAAGGUUUCCUGUGAUCCCAGCAAAGUCUGAAGCCUAAAAGGCUUCGUUAUUGUUGCUUCAAAUAACUAUUGACAGAGUAUUUAUAUUUACGAUACCAGUAAACAUUUGUCACCAACCCUUCUUAAGUCAAAAUUAAUUAAACACUAUCGAUGUUGAAAGAACAUCCUCUGCUGGUCGAAAUGUCAGAAUGUAUAUAUUCAGCUAUGAAACGUCCAGUUACGUUGACACGGUUACAAACUGACUCUGCAAAUUGAGUGGCCUUGUGUGCAGUUCUUCUUGUAGAGAAGUGGCCUGCUGAACUGGAAUCAAAUCGCCCUCAUACAACUAAUACACAACUAAUCCUGGGUGUGUGCGUUAUUUCUGGGUGCGUUGCUUUUAAACUUUCCAUACAUACUGUGUGUCACAUUGUUGUUGCUGUCUUAUUAAAUGGAAAUGAUCAAGAAUUUCAGUAUGUUAAUAUUAGUGUUACAUCAUGAAUUCAGAGGCAGAAUGGAAAAACGGAAGGAUUUCUGGAAUGUACAGUGCAGCAUAAGGUUUAUAAUAUUAAGUUAUCUUUUUGUGGGGAUGGAUAAUGGAGAACAGUAGGUUAAACAUAUGCUGGGAGGAAGCAAAAUGUGUUUCCUAAAAGAAAAGAAAAUGGAAUUUAUUUAUGAAUAUUUUUUCUGAAUCUCCCAAAGAGAUCUAGGGGCUGCUUGUAAUUAAUUUUAAAUAAAAUGUACCGUCUGUAUCUUA